CUUCUCUUCGCAUUCAUUUGGGAUCAUUUCAAAAUGUCGGCUGAUCUUACCUGGCUUCUUAUCAAGAACAACAACUCCUUCUUGGUCAAGCGCAAUGGCGUUCAGUUCUCCUCGGAGGCUGGUAACUUGUUGAACAAGAACUCGUUCAAGUACUCUGGCCUUGCCAACAAGAAGACUGUUGACAUUACCGCUGCUCCCUCUGGCCGCGGUGUUGUCGUUGCCACCAAGAAGGCUAAGGUCUCUGCCUACAAGCCUGCCAAGACCAUCACCAAGGUCACCCUCACCAAGGGUAUCCGCAAGUCUGCCCGCUCUGUCGCUGGUCUUACCCGCAAUGGUUACCGUGCUGAUCUUCGCCAGGCCGCUCUUGCCCGUGUCUCUGCCCUUCUCAACAGCCAGAAGCCCGUCAAGGCUGCCCCCAAGAAGACCGGCAAGGGUAUCCGUGCUGCCAAGAAAAACUAAAUGCAGAGCCAUCCCUUUGAUCUGUUUGAAAACAAAAUAAAAUGAAGUCAUUUGGAUAUUACACAAUUGAAAAAUAAGAAGAAUUAAAUCUCUUUGAAUGGUCACGUG